AUGGAGACUACAGACGCGCUCCUGAAUCAUCCCAAACAAGCUCCUACAACAUCACCACAGCAAACCGUUGUAUCGGACACCACCAACAUUAUCGUUGAUGUCUACAUCAUCACCGCCGGCUCUACCUUGUUCGCCAUUUUCGGCAUCAUCACCAACGGCAUCAACCUAGUCGUCUUCGCCAAGAUCGGCUUCAGGGCAUCCAUGAAUCUGACGCUGUUUGUCCUCUCUUCGAGUGACUGCCUCGCCGGAUGCUGCACUAUAGCUUACAACAUUUGCCGAAUCUCCAGGAUUUUCCCCAGCGAUUCUAUCAUAGAUUACAAAGUCCCACAAAGAGGUUUCUCAUUUGCACGCCUCAUCUUUAGUGACUUGUCCUCUAUCAUAACGAUAUAUAUUUCUAUCGAAAGAUGUCUUUGUGUCACGUUUCCAUUCACUUUUAAAACAAUGUUCACAAUGAAACAAACGUACAUUAUAUUCGUCUUCAUCUUUAUAUUCCUACUUGCUAAUAACAUUCCUUUGUUUUGGACCAUGUGUACCCAGUUGAAAUUCGACGAAGAGAAACAUUUUUACAGGUAUGUCGUUUGUGAAACAGCUAUUUACUACGAGAUUGUGAUGGCACAUGACAUCGUAUCCUUGGUGACGAUUCCAUUCGUCUGCCAAAUCGCGACAAUCUUGUGUGUCGUCAUCAUGUCUAGAGCUCUCAGAAAAUCAUCGACUGUUCGCAUGGCCGUGAAAACACUGUCUUCUAAUUCCACCACUCCCACAAAUUCCGGUUUGUUAACGGUGAAAGAGAAACGGCUGGUAAAGAUGAUCUUAAUUCUAGCCGUGCUGUAUGUCCCAACAAGCGUGCCAGGCUUUACAAUUGGCUGGGUCAGGAUCUUGUACCCCCAGAUUUUUCAAUGGUUAAACUCUGGGGUUUUCAACUUGUAUACCAUCAACAACCUGUGUACCAUUUCAGGGAACAUCCAUGGUGCUGUCACAAUUUUUGUGUACAUCACUUUUAACCCUGGGUAUCGUCAGUUUUUCAAUAAGUAG